AUGCAUCACUCGAUGAAUGAUAACUAUCAAUCCAAGCGCAAGCGCAGAUCCGAGUCGCCGCCGCCCCGAAGGGACAAUGAUUUCCGGGCCCCACCGCCUCGAGUUCAACCAUUGCCAAAGUCGGCCGAUUCUCCCACCAAGGACGCGAAAACGGCGUCAACCGCGGAGCUGUUUAAACCUUUGGCCGAGGAGCUGGAGCGGCUGGAUAAGACAGAUCCCGUUCUGGCCGCACAGGCGGCACGCCUCGUGGCCCUCUAUCGGCGCAUUUGGGAUUCCUACAUCUUGAAGCACGCUGAUAGCCAGCGGCUCGAGAACGAGAAUCGCCGACUGGAGACCAAAAACGCGUCUCUCGAGAAGGAGAAGCGCGACAUGGAAGGUCGCUACGAGGAACAGAGGACGCUCCUAACCCACUUCCAAAAAUCGUUCGAAAGUGUUCAAGACGGGAUCACUAGGAUUUGCGAUAGCUGGAAGGAUGCCCCGGCCGUGCUGCUGGAGGGCAGAGGUGAGGGUCGGCCGGUCGGAAACGACGGCCACGCCCCGGCUGAUUCUCCCUCUGUCACUCCAGCUGCCAAUCAAAAGGCCCCGGCUCCCGCCUCGGUUCCAGUUCCGCCAAAAGCCUGA